GGGCAUCCAUAAAGAUGAAUUUGGGCUUGGUGUAGUGUUAGGGUUUUAGUGUUAACAUCGCAAGCUUCUCACCAUCCACACUGCUCUCGCAUCGUCUCUUCGAUCUUUUUUUGUAUAAUGAUUCUACAUAACUAGUCCAUGAAUUCAAAGCAACACUUAUUCGAGUCCUCUGUUUGCUAAAAGGCAUUUCUAAGAAUGGGUCUUGAAUCUUGAUGGAGGAGAUCUAUUGGUUUGGCUUGUAUCUGGUAAUUAGAUUCAAGAAGAGAAAAUGUCUGGGUUUUUGAAGCCUACAAUAUAACAUCGCAAGCUUUUCACCAUCUCUACUCCAUCCACACCAUCGUCUCUUCGCUCUCUCUGACGAAUGGCUGGAAAAGCUGUAAAGUCUGUAGCAAAAGCAGUUGGGGAAUAUCAAUAUCCAUGGCAAGAAAAGUUAGUGAAAUACAAGGAUGAGCUUUCAAAGGGAGUUUGGGGUUACUGGGAGCUUGGAGCCUGGAAACCUCUGGGGAUCAGUGCUCGCCAUCGAGCUCGUCUGCGCAAGGAAGUUGUUCUUGCUGGACAAGAUUGGCCAUACGAUCCAGCAAGAAAGGAAAUGAGAACGAAGCAGAAAGGGCACAAGUGUGACAGAAUAUCAGCAGAAAAACGGGCUAAGACAGCUGAACUGAUGCAAAAAAUGCCUGAAAUGUUGGCUGAUUAUAGGAAGAGAAAGUGGGAAAGGAAAAUGAAAGCAGAAGAAGAUGCUGCCAGAAAAUCACUGCAAGAAUAGGUUUUACCAUCCUUUCUUUUUCAACAACAUAAUGGACCAAAGAUAUCCUGCUCACUUGCCUUGGUUCUUUUUUUGUUCUGUAUUUUCGAACCGUAGCAAUCGGCGGGAUUCGCCUUGAUAGAUGUGAGUUCAAUAACUAGUGUUUUGUUUUUCUUCCUAUGAUCUUAUUAUGAAAACAGACAAAAAGAUGUGUUUAUGGAGCA